AAGGGAGAAGAUGUGUACCCAGAAUGAAAAGCACAAAGUCAGCAUCAGAAGAGAAGAAAGCUCUUCCAUGAGAGAAGGAUGGAGAGGAUGUUCAUGAAGGCAAGCAUGAAUGCCAUAGCUGUAGUCAGAAGACUCUUCCUUGUCCUCUUCCAGUGCAAAAAGCUGCUGUUCUUGCUCUGUGUGGGUCUGUGUGUGAAGAGCCUGUACAAUGUGACGAACACACUUGGCAGGCAUACUGAAAAUGGAACCCUUUACAUGGUCUUUGGAGGGGACCUGUUCAUGGACACCAGUGGUCAGGAGCUGGGAGACAGAACAACAUGGAGGCACGUUGGUGCUUGCCGAAGACGCUUUGUGUGGAGAAAGCCUUUUCUUAGAAGGUUUAAAUCUCACUGGGAGCCUUUCCUGACCAGCAAAUCCAUAUACUCACUCCUGGACAGGCCUUUUAAACAGGAGCUUGACAAAGUUCUGUGGCUCCAUAAACUUCCUUUUGGGCUGCACAGCUCAGUUCUCUCUGCUUUUAGCACAUUGCAGCUUCUUCCAGAGCAGGACUUGCCUGGAUCCUUUGGCCGUUUAUGGUGCCAAAGGUGCAUUGUGGUUGGCAAUGGCUACUCUGUCCAUGGGCAGCACUUUGGGAAAAUGAUUGACUCUCAUCAUGUUAUCAUAAGAUUAAAUGAUGCUCCAGUAAAAGAGUACAAGAAGGAUGUGGGAGAAAGAACCAGCAUUCGUCUCUUCUUCCCUGAAUCAGCUCUGCCCAACCCUCUGGAAAACAGUGACAACAAUACACUGAUGGUGUUUGUCCCAUUCAAGCCUUUGGAUUUUUUAUGGCUGAGGGAAGUAUUGCUGAAAACAAAGAACAAGACAAAGGAGGGAUUUUGGCGCCAGCCUCCCCAGGAGUGGAACUGGAACAUCUCUCAGCUACGUAUUCUCAAUCCAUAUGUCACCUAUGAGGCAACAUUCAAGCUGCUGCAGCUGAAUGCAUCAAGUGGGAGAUAUGCCACCACGGGAAUCAUUGCUUUGAACUUAGCCCUCCAUCUGUGCCAAGAGGUCAACAUUGCAGGCUUUGGUUACCCUGGCAACCAUGACACUACUACACCAAUACAUUAUUACAAUACUGGUCUCUCACGGAAAAACGAGCUCUUUCAGCAUAAUCUCACAGCUGAGAGGAACUGGCUUCUGAAAAUGAUUGAGUGGGGAGUGAUUGCUGACUUAACCAGCCACACCUUCCAGACCCAGAACGACUGAGAGGAGGCCAUGCUGCUUGCUAUCCCCAUCCAGACACCUCACUUGGGCUUUGCCCUUGUUCCAUCCUUGUUCCAGGUUGUUUUGAGCAUGUCAUAGUAUAUUCUUUCCCAGGUGAAAUGGGAGGUUAAACCCUGAGAUUCAGAGCACUUUCUUCAUCCUUCAUUUGCCUCUAGCUUCCACCACU